AUGGCAUCAAGCUCAAUGUCCUCGCGUAACUCGGGCUCCUCUUGGACGGCCAAGCAGAACAAGGCCUUCGAGAAGGCUCUGGCCCUCUACGACAAGGACACCCCCGAUCGCUGGUACAAUGUCGCCAGGGCUGUCGGGAACAAGACUCCCGAGGAAGUUAAGAGACACUAUGACCUUCUUGUGGAAGAUGUGAAGCAUAUCGAGGCUGGCCAAGUUCCUUUCCCGGAUUACAGGACUUCUGGUGGGAGUGGAAGUGGUCAUGGCAACAUCGGUCAUGAUGAAGAAAAGAGGAUGAGAAACCUGAAGCUCCACUGA